AUGCCGUUUAUUUUAAAACGCAUAGGCAUUGAAAGUAAAGGCAGGAGCAAGCCCUUUUAUAGCUCUACAUGUCAGUACGGCAAAAACUCCAGGGGCAAGCAGGGAACAUAUUUGGAAAGCUUACUUGGCGCCAGAAAUUCAAUUAAAAUCGAGCAAACCCCAUCUUCUCCUCGCUCUUCUUCCCUUCCUUCGAAUGGUUUGCGUGAAAAGGCUUCCCAUCCCUCGGCAAGAAAAUAUAUCCACUCGCUCUACUUGUCUAAACUUGAGGCAUCUAAGAAAAAUGGCGAUGCAUGGCUUGCAAAGCAAAAUUUUGUCAAAAUGCAACUUGAUGGCAUUGUUCCGACGUCCGAAAUGUGCGAGCUUUUAAUUCAAACGUUUGCCUUCCACGUGGCCAAUUCUUCGGCACGCACAUUUGAAGCAUCUCCAGAGCUCGUUGUAAAGGAUCCAGUUGCCUAUGAGCUUGGUCUGCAGGCUCUUGAGGUUUAUUCGCUCAUGCUUAGCAAAGGCAUUCCCGUUACCGCGGUAUUUGUGAAAUACUUCUAUUUCCUGCUCGAACAUACGGGCGAUUUGGAGCUGCUUUUUUGGAUCGUUCCAAAUCCAGAUGCCAGUGUUGUGAUGACGUACGAGUCUAAAAGCAUUUCAGACCGGCUAAAGGUAUCAAGCGAUGCGCACAUUUGUGAUGCCAACUUUGACGAGAAAUGCGAUGAUCAAGCUGAGCGGUUUGCAAUGGAUGGAAAAGUAGGCGCCUCCUCCCGAUUGGCACCCUGUUCUGCUGGAACGCACCUGGGCGAAAAAGACCACGAAACUGCCCUUCUUGGCUAUUCGCAGCCAUUUUCCAACCAAACACAGACUGCUGGUGGCGGAAAAUACGACAUCAAAUUCUCUGAAUUGCCACAUGAAAUUAGAUGUCAACAGGGCCCAGCCUCGACGCUGUCUCCCUCAGAUCACAUAUGGCUCAUUACGGAGAUCUUCAAAAAGUACACUAAAAGGCUAAAUUUUUUCUUCAUGAUGUCGCACUUGCUGUACUCCCUUAAGCUCAUCGAGAAAGAAGGAGAUUCGCUGCCCGGCACCAUUGGAAUAUUGCAAGGCUCGAUCUUUGUUGUCCCAGUGCCGACGUUUUCAGAGUUCAUCAAGUACUGUGACAAGCUGCUUGUUGACCGGUAUUUGUCUGUGACCGCAUUUAGAGGGCCCUCAAAGUUUUGCCUCUCAACUUCUGGCGCCGUUGACCUCUCUUCGUUUGUCCUACCUCUUGCCCGUGAUAUUGGAUACUCGAUAUAUGGCACCUGCAUGCCUUCAAGCUCCAAUGCAGCCCACUCGCACCACCCGCUGUAUGAGCCGUCAUUCCACGCACUUGUCAUGAGUUGCUUUCUCAGGCUGCAAUGCAAUAAGGCUGCAAUCGAAUAUUUCCAGCUUUUUUGCCUGCCACACACGUUUAUUUGCUAUGACCCGAGCAUUAAUGCGCUUCUGUUGAAGGCCCUAAUUGAGACGGGGCAGGAUGCAAGGGCUUUGAAAAGCUUCCACUAUCUCCAAACAUACGAGUCCAAAAUGCAGGCCGCACUACAAAGAGACCUCAAUUCAAAGGCCACCAAGGAUGAAUACCGGCCAAUAAGCCCGUUGCUGCCCGCGCUUUCUGUGAUUUUCCCUGUUGUGAUUUCGUCUGGAAAAAUGCGAAUGGCGGUUUUUCUGUUCCAAAAGUAUGUGCUUCCAUAUAAGCCGCUGAUUGGAUUUGAAGGCGACUGCCCUUUUUCUGUUCCCUAUUCUGACCUCAAACCGCAAAACUUGUCUUGCAAAAAAACCGCUGUAGCUCCGGAAAAUAGUGACCUUUCCGCCAAGCCGGCUGCUGUUCAGAACGACGGUUCCUCCUCUACGUCAUUUGGGCUAUACCCAUAUGAGAUGUUUAUAAUUUACUCGAUUUUUCACUCAAGAAUCGGCAAGCGGAUGGUGGACGACCAAAGUGGCCAGCAAAAAUCUUCUCUUUUGCCGUCUGAUGUUAGGCUUUUGCACCUGCUGCUGCUUUGGCUACAACAAUGGGCAUUGGUACCCCAGGUCCAGGAAAUCCUAACCCACAACAACCUUCUUGGAUGCCUGAUCAAGACCCUUGAAAGCAUCACUGGAUCCCCUCCUAACCUCUCUCAAAACGUUGUCUCGUUUAGAAUGGACCCGUGCUCUUCACACAUUGAAGAGGACUUGAACUGCUCGCUGAAGAUUCUAAAAAGAAUGCAGGAAAAGAAACACUUGUAUUCUGCUUUAUUGUUUAGCUACAAAUGGUGCGACUUUAAAUUCAACCCGUUCAGCAUUGUGGUUCAGAGGGCCAAAUCUGACUCUAUUUAA